AUGUGCCUCGGGUCCAAGUCGGACGAGCAGCAGCCCCCUCCACGCCGACGCCAACGGGCCGAGACGGCCGGCAGCCGCCGCCAGCACCAAAACAUCCCACUGCAACCCGUCGCCAUUAGCGGGCCGGUGACGCCCCCGGGCCAGGUGCCGGCUCCGGAACGGGACGCGCACGGCCUGUGGGUGAACUAUGCGCCGCACGACCUGACACGGCAAAAUCUCAUGGCCGCCCUCGGCCACGUCGCUCGUUAUCUCCAUCAGCAUGGCGAGGACGUGACGCUCGUGACGGUCGGCGGCGCCGUCAACACGGUCCUCCUGCAGUCGCGCACCACAACCCACGACGUUGAUUUCUUCUGCCGCGUGCUCCAGCAGCCUCGCCUCGGCAUCCUGCGUCAGGCGGGUCAGUACGCCGUCGAGAGGAGCUCCGUGCCCCUGAGCGCCGAUUGGCUCAACAACGCCACGGCCAGGAUGCCGGGCGUCGUCGAGAAUAUCGACAGCCUUGUCGAGGCGGCCGUCGCCCAGGACGCCGUGCUGUUCCGGCAGCCAGGGCUCAAGGUCGUCGCCGCGCCCUGGGAGUAUGCCUUUAUCAAAAAGGUCAGCCGCAUCACCCAGGGCACCGGCCGCCAGUACGACGCUUCGAACGCUGUCGCGUAUCUGCACAGUUCAUCGCAACAAGCAACCGAGGCCGCCCCGUGA